AAAAGUCCUUGCAGACCUUUAACAAGGCAGGAAGUGUCUCUUAAUGAAAUGACAGUUAGCUGCCAUGGCGCUUGAUGUAAAAUCCAGAGCCAAAAGAUACGAGAAGCUGGAUUUCCUCGGAGAGGGUCAGUUUGCCACAGUGUACAAGGCCAGGGACAAAACAACUGACACCAUAGUUGCCAUUAAAAAGAUUAAGGUUGGUCACAGAACCGAGGCUAAAGAUGGUAUAAAUAGGACUGCUCUGCGAGAGAUCAAACUACUGCAGGAGCUGCAUCAUCCAAAUAUCAUUGGGCUGCUGGAUGCCUUUGGGCACAAAUCUAACAUCAGUCUGGUGUUUGACUUCAUGGAAACAGAUCUAGAGGUGAUCAUCAAAGACACCAGCCUAGUCCUGACUCCAGCCAACAUCAAAGCCUACAUCCUCAUGACUCUACAGGGAUUAGAGUAUAUGCACCAGCACUGGGUCUUACACAGGGAUCUGAAGCCCAAUAAUCUGCUGUUGGACGGCAACGGCGUGUUGAAGUUGGCUGAUUUUGGUUUGGCCAAAUCAUUUGGCAGCCCCAACAGAGUCUACACGCAUCAAGUUGUUACCAGGUGGUACCGCUCCCCUGAGCUCCUGUUUGGUGCCAGGAUGUACGGUGUGGGUGUUGACAUGUGGGCAGUGGGAUGCAUCCUGGCAGAGUUACUCCUUCGGAUACCAUUCCUUGCUGGAGACUCAGAUCUUGACCAGCUAACUAAGAUCUUUGAGGCUCUUGGGACGCCCACAGAAGAGACAUGGCCUGGAGUGUGUAGCCUGCCAGACUACGUGUCCUUCAAAGUCCUUCCUGGUACACCUCUGGAACAUAUAUUUAGUGCAGCCGGAGACGACUUACUAGAGCUCCUACAGGGCCUCUUUACCUUUAACCCAUCGACAAGGACCACAGCUACACAGGCUCUGAAGAUGAGAUACUUCAGUAAUCGGCCUAGUCCAACUCCUGGCCCCCAGCUCCCCCAACCCAACUGUUCAGCUGAGGCUCUGAGGGAGAAGGAAACAGUCGGGCUCAAGAGGAAAAUAGAGGGCCUGGAGACAACUGUGAUGAAGAAGAAGCUAAUUUUCUGAGCGGCUGGGGCCUGGUAAAUCAGAUGCUGGCCAUCUUCGCACGACUGCGUGGCUCAGCUUCCCGUAUUGCUCAGGAUUGUCCACUGGAAUGAAAAAACGAGUCCAAACCCAGCAUAAGGAAAAAAGGCUCAGAUGUGGUUGACUUUAGGACGUUUUGCAGGCUAUAACUGUUGCACGAGUCGGGAAUUGGGCCUAAGGGUUAGUUCUAAGUAUCGAAGAUUCAGCUGUGUCCAGCAAACCAGCAAUUGAUCUACAACAGAGACUAUCUGCGGUCAGUAGUAUUGGCCAUGGUCAUUUUUCAGUGAUGCAUAAACUCUGGGAGCCUGUCGGAAUGUGUUUAUUUAUGUACUGAAAAAGAGAACAACCACACUAGCAUGUUUGAUUAUUUCAAGUAGAUGUAUUUUUAUUUUUUGUAUGGAAUACCAAUAAAUGGUGCAUAUGCAUAUAUGGAA